AUGAUUAUUUCUCAGCCUCGAUACAAUGCUUCUUCAUUAACUUUCCAACUUAACACUUCUGCAAGGGUGGACGAACUGCCGCGCAACUGGAACUCGCCUAGUAGCCCUGAUUCCCUUGAGCAAACGUGUCCAAUUUACGCAGCUGCCGAGGAUGAUAUCUAUACCUCGGUUUUCUCAAGGAUAUGGAUACAAUACCUGAACAACGAAAGCGUCAGUCCAAUCACAGUCUCAUCGAUGAUUGGCUUCAACCCUGCGCAGGUCAACCAACCCUGGCGGACAUUGGCGUGCACCUUUCAAAACACGACGUACUCUCUGAACGUAAUUUUCGAAAACGGGAUUUCAUCUAUCAAUACGACGAUGAUUUCAUCCGCUCCAAUGAGUAUCGUCGGUCCUAUUGACCUCACUGAACCCACAGAGGCGCAGUAUCUGGACCCGGCAACAGCACUAUUUUCCAGCCUCGCAGGCAGCAUUUACGGAGAGACUUCGGAGAACUCCAUGUAG